ACUAGUACUGGUAUGAUUUCGUAUAUUAGUACAUAAUCGGACUCCGAGCCGGACUUCAAGUGACACGCAUUUACAUCGACAGCGCAGUCACAGCACUUGUGCCUCUCACGACCAUGAAGAUUUUCUCGCUCUCUGUCGUUCUCGCACCCUCCUCAGGCCCUUGUUCAGUUCUUAGCUCUACUUCAGAUGUCUCCAGUUUCUCGUUUUACCAGAAAGGUUCCGUCAGCGAGUUCUUGACGUUCUUCACCAAGACAGUCGUGGAGAGAACUCCUCAGGGCCAGCGCCAGAGCGUACAAGAGAACAAUUACACCGCACAUGUGUACAACAAGGGUGGUGCAGAGCAGCUUGCAGCUAUCAUUAUUACUGACCAGGAAUACCCCGUUCGACCUGCCUUCUCUCUUCUAACAAAACUGCUUGAUGAUUUCACUGCCAAAGUCCCCCAAUCUGCCUUCGGAAAUCCAGCAUCGAUAUCAUUCCCAGAGAUCCAGACCUACAUUCAGAAGUACCAGGAUCCUCGGCAAGCUGAUACAAUUAUGCGAGUACAACAGGAGCUAGAUGAGACAAAGAUUGUUCUGCACAAGACCAUUGAGUCUGUUCUCCAACGCGGAGAGAAGUUAGAUAACCUUGUGGAGCGAUCGAAUGCUCUAUCCGCGCAGAGCAAGAUGUUCUACAAGACAGCUAAGAAGCAAAAUUCGUGUUGUGUGAUCAUGUAGACCAUGUUUCACUUUCCUCAUCAUGUUUUCUCUGCGUUGCGGUUGUUGUUACGCCAAACUAGUAAUACAUUCGUUAGUUCUAUUUUCACGCGAUGUCAAUGUGGCCAGUAUGAUGACAGGCCCUUGUGAAAGGUUGCUUAUUAUCAUCAUUGAUCAAGAGAAUGAGUUUAAGCUGCAGCCUGCAGCUGGAGAUGCGAGCGUUAUCAUAGUCUAACAAUUGGGAAGAAUACAACAUGAAUUCUGACUAAAAA